AUGCUUUUGAAGGUUUGUUUUGUAUUUUUAAAUAUAUUUUUGGCCAUAUUUUAAUAGAAUUUGACCAUUAUAUUAACUUUGACAUCUAUUUUUAUCCAAAAAACGCGAAAAAUCUAGGAUUUUCUGUGGUUUUCUACCAUUUUCGAUUAAAUUUACUAUCAUAAAAUAAUUUUCAUUAGUAUAUUAUGUUAUUCUCGUAUUAUCCUAAUGUUUAUCUAUGAAAAAAUUUUGUUUUCAACCUAAUCAGCUCAAGUUUUUAAUCUAAAAUUGGCCAAAACUGUUUUGUAAACCGAGUUUGGGCCCUUUUUCAUCCCUAAAAUAAUAUAAUUUUGGCCGUAAUCUCUCCAAGCUCAAAAAUAAUUAGCUAAAGUUGAUGUGGAAUCAUAACACUAGUCUUGGUAAUACUGUGAAUUGAAGGUGAUGUCAUGUAGCGGCAGUUUUUUGGUUUAUAUUGAGGGUUUAGUCUAAUUUUUGGUCGGAAAUUUGUUUUUUUUCCAAAAUUUAUUUGUUUUGCAAUCUUUUUUGUCUAUAUUUUGUUAUUUAUAAGGUCAUUUACAAUCUUUGAUGUUAUGUGAAGGUUUAAGAAGCAAUUUCUGAAGUUUUUGUGAAGUUACGUUAAGAUUGAAUAGAUUUAUAUUGUGUUAUGUUAAGGUGAAGAUUUCUUGCGUUUUUUGAUGUUUUAGGUAAUAAAUUGUGUAAAUGUUGAUGAAAAACAGGUUUUUGUUUUAGUGAUUAUGUAAAAUUUCUUGUUUUAGGAAGCAAUCUACAAAAUUUUGAGUUUUCUUCAAAUUUUAGAUAACAUAUUUUAAAAUUUGAAUUUUCUUUAAAUAAUGCUAAUCUUUUUGAAGAACUUUGAUAUUAUAGGUUUAAAAAUUUUGAAUUGUAAAUUUUCUGUAAUUUUCGGGUGGAAAAUUUUAAAAAAUUCAGUUUAAUAUUUUUGUUACCUAAAUUUUAAAAUAAUCAAUGUUUGCUGCUUUGAAGCCUUAAAUGUCUUAUUGAUACUAUAUUUAACCCAUAAAUCUUCUUCUAGUACCAAAUAUCUUGAUUUAAAAAAAAUUGUUACCUAAAAUUUAAACUUCAAUAAAUAGUUUUACUCUACUUUAACAUAAAUUACUUUGGCUUGCUGUACCUUAUUAUGUUUAUUUUAUUUCAAUCUUAACUUUUCAAAUUCUAGAUGACCGCAGGCCAAAACCCGCCCAACAUUGCGUACAAUUACCUGAAUUCGUUUGACUCGCCCAGCGCUCCUCACUUCAAUGGGAUGCCAGAGUUCUUCAACCAGUCGAUGUUCAACCCGAUGGACUACUAUAGUCAGCAGAUGGGGCAGAACAUAGUCAAUCAGACUGGACCUUCAUCUCCUGGAGACAUUAAGCCAUUUAGAGAUGAGAUCUCGUCCUCGCCUGAGGCCAACUUUGUCACGAAUACUAGUAGUCCAUUCGAGCCCUAUAAUAAUAUCGUUUCGACGGCUUCGGCGUUGAAUUUUGGAGCUGGUGGAGCGAUGGGGACGGCGAUGAAUCCGAUGGGGAGGAUGAUACAGAGUGGACUGCAGAGCGGCUUCUUUCCGACGGUAAGUUUAGGGUUUUAAGGGAAAAUGGCAAGAACUUUCUUGACAAGUUGAAAAAUGGCAAGAACUUUCUUUACAAGUUGAAAAAUGGCAAGAACUUUCUUUACAAGUUGAAAAUUGGCAAAAACUUUCUUUAUAAAACAAAAGAUGACAAAAACUUUCAUUCCAAAACAAAAAUUUUGAAUUUUUUUUUAAAAUGGCACUUUGUUAUCAAUAGCCUUAUUUGCUUAAAAAAAUUUAGAAUGACAGUCCAACCACAUCGUUCGCCUCCUUCCCAUCUUACCCAAACUCUUCGUAUUAUAUGAAUCCAAUGCUGGCGCAGUCUAGGCUUAACCCGAUGGACUUGAAUACGUCCUUUUGUUCGGAUUCUAGGCUAAAUUUGAAGCAGCGAGAAGAUAAAAAUCACAAAACUGGCGCUGGAACUAAUAGUAAGUUGAAGGAUAAAGUAUUUUUGAUAGUGUCGGUACUAUAUGUUACAGUAGUUUUGGGUUCGAGGGUACUGUGUUAUACCUUUAGUUUUGGCUGAGGAGGUACUGAAUUAUAGAAAGGAUACUGUAAUUUUAGUGUUUUUUAUUACUGGUGAUCAUGGAUGGUUUUUAAUAGUAGGUACUGUAACUUUUUUUUAUAAAACGACGGUAGCAUACUGUAACUUUUUUUAUUUAUAUUGUAGGGUAUUGUAUCGGUGUCACUAGAGAAAUAAUUUUUUAAUUUUAAAAUAUAUCUGACCUUUAUAUUAAAAAUGGCAAAAACUUUCUUUACAAAACAAAAAAGCAAUAAUUUUCUUUACAUAACUGAAAAUGGCAAAAACGUUCUUUACAAAAGUGAAGAUAACAUUUCUUUUCAGACACUCGAGUGCGAACAGCCGACAAGUACCGUACUGUGUAUUCGGAGCAAAUUCGACACGUUUUAGAAAGCGAAUUCAAAACGUCUGAAUACUUGAAUGCGGACCGAAAACAACUCCUAGCUACACAACUCGAUAUGACGGAGCGACAAAUUAAAAUAUGGUUCCAAAAUCGGUAAGUUUUUUUUAUUAAAAUUGACGUUUAUUAGGUUUGGGAUGGAAUAAGGUUUAGUAUUGCCCGAAAUUACGCUUUUUAAAGUUUUAAAAUUUCCUUUGGGCAGAAAACUGCAUAACUUCUUUUAAUCGUAUAACUUGUCAUCCGCAGGCUGCAAAACUUUAAAAUUUUGAUUAUAUAUUAAAAAAUGGUCAAAACUUUCUUUACAAAACAAAAGAUGGCGAAAAUUUUCUUUACAAAACAAAAAAUGGCAAGAACGUUCUUUACAAAACGAAAAAUAGCAAGACCUUUCUUUACAAAUCAAAAACUGGCAAGAACUUUCUUUACAAGAAAGAAAAUGGCAAGAACUUUCUUUUCAAAACAAAUAUUUUCUUUGGCCGCUCGAUAUUUUGCCACCAAUUUUCGACCGGUCGAUUUUUUCUCGUUAUUUUUCGACCCGUCGAUUUUUUCCCUCAUUCGACUAGUCGAUUUUUUAAAAAUUUUUUAUUGUUUUCUGAAACGUCCAAACUUUUCCCACAACUUUUCGACCGGUCGAUGAAACUUUUACGAAGGUGUCGUAAAGUCUCGCGGUUCCUUCAUGCCACUUUGAUGUGGUAAUCAGAUUAAUUUUUUAUUGUUAUUUAUCUAAAGUUUUGGAGCCGAUCUCGAGUUGCGUCAUUCGGACAAAUCGAGCCGGUCAAUCGGAUCGGUGAGGGCUUUGAGGUUGGGGUCAGGUCUCGCGAGCUAUCAGACAAGGCAUGUUGAUUGAUAAUUGUGAUUCAUUGAGGUGGUGCUGGGUUUUGUAAAAUACGAAUGCUUUUUGUUAGGUAAACAAAUGGACAGAAUUUGCUUUACAAAACAUAAAAUAGCAAAGACUUUCUUUAAAAUUCACAAAAUGGCAAGAACUUUCUUUACAAAACAUAAAAUGGCAAAGACUUUCUUUACAAAACAUAAAAUGGCAAAGACUUUCUUUAAAAUUCACAAAAUGGCAAGAACUUUCUUUACAAAACAUAAAAUGGCAAAGACUUUCUUUACAAAACAUAAAAUGGCAAAGACUUUCUUUAAAAUUCACAAAAUGGCAAGAACUUUCUUUACAAAACAUAAAAAUGGCAAAGACUUUCUUUACAAAACAUAAAAUGGCAAAGACUUUCUUUAAAAUUCACAAAAUGGCAAGAACUUUCUUUACAAAACAUAAAAUGGCAAAGACUUUCUUUACAAAACAUAAAAUGGCAAAGACUUUCUUUAAAAUUCACAAAAUGGCAAGAACUUUCUUUACAAAACAUAAAAUGGCAAAAACUUUUUUAUAAGAAAAAGUUGGAAAAACAAAAUUCAGAAACUUUCUUUACAUUAUAAAAAUGCUACAAAUUAAGCGACAGAACGGCCGAUUUUUUGAAUUUCGGUAAUUGAUUUGCUUCCACGACCUGCGCCCCCCCCCCUUUAGCGCAGGCUGCAGAAUAGAACUUGCUAUCGAUGUGGGUUGAUUUUUUUGCUUUGUAAAGAAAGUUUUUACCAUUAUUCGUUUUGUAAAGAAAGUUCUUGCCAUUUUAUGUUUUGUAAAGGAGGUUCUUUCCAAUUUUCGCUUUGUAAAGAAAGUGUUUUCCCAUUUUGUGUCUUGUAAAGAAAGUUCUUGCUAUUUUUUGUUUUGUAAAGAAAGUUCUUGCCAUUUUUUGUUCUGCAAAAAGUUAUUGUCAUUUCCUAUUAAAUUUUUAAGCGCUUCCGUUACAGUAUCCCAAAAGUCAUAACCAUUCGUUUUGUUGUCAUAAAACCGCAAUUGAUCUGUAAUUUCGCAUAAAUCUCGUAAUCGACCACCAAAAAUAUGGGAGAACAUUUAACGAUCAUGUCGAACAAGUAAUUAAAACGUUAAUGGCCUUUUUUUGUAAUUUGGCGAUAACCGUUCCCUCUUUGUCGGCAAACCGAAUUCACAAAAAAGGCCUGAAAUUGCCUUUUCCAAUCAAAGCUACUACUUAUUUUAAUCGUCGAAGAUAAUUUCGGGUUUUUAUAAAAGUUUUUUUUUGGUUUUUGUCAGUUUUUUUGAGUGUAAUGGUGUUACGGUAGGUCAUACGGAGAAGAAAAGUUAUUUUAAGCUGUCUUUUGUUUAGUAAGUGGAAGGGGAGUUACUUUAGGUUUAAAAUUGUUGUUACUGUAGAUUGAAGAUUAGUGUUACUGUGGCUUGAGUAUUGGUGUUAUUGUGGCUUGAGUAUUGGUGUUACUGUAGACGGAAAAUGUUACUUUUUGCAUAAAUCGUCGAUAUAACUUGUGGACAACUUUCGUAUAACUUGCCGCCCCCACACUGCAGAACCAAAAAUGUUGAUAAUAUUGUGUAAAAAUGGCAAGAACUUCCUUUACAGAGCUUGAAAUGGCAAGGACUUUCUUUACAAGACGUAAAAUGGCAAGAACUUGCUUUACAGAGCUUAAAAUGGCAAUAACUUCCUUUACAUCAUCAUAAACCUAAUUUCAAUAAUCCACCGUACCCCUUUUUGACCUUGUUUUUGAAAACCGGUCUAGUCGAAAAGUCUAUGAUUUCCGGUCGAUUGUAAAUCAUAUUUUACGAGGCUCAAUAUCCCCCUUUCCAAUAACAAUAUGUGGAUCUGUGCUUUUGUUGCGAUUCGAAGGUUUACGACACAGCAUCUGCCAAUUGAGGAAAUUGGACUUGAAAACGGCAUUUUUGUCUUUUCUUAUGUUAAUACCAUUAAAACAGUUGUUUUGUAAAGAAGGUUCUUGUCACUUCUUGCUUUGUAAGUUCUUGCAUUUAUUUAUUGCACCGUAUAAUUUGCUGCCCGCAGGCUGCUGUUGGUCAAACCGAUAAAAUGAUGUUUUGUAAACAAAGUUCUUGCCAUUUUCAAUUUUUGCGAAGAAAGUUCUUGCGUUUUGCUGUUUUGUAAAGAAAGUUCUUGUCAUUUUUUCCAAAAAUUUAGGUAAUUUUUAAAUAUUUUCGCAAUUUCAAAACAAAUUUUAAUUUCUCCUCCAAAACGCCAUAAAAAGUUACAGUAUUACUGAAGCGGUAAGAAAAUAAAAGUUGACCUCGCCAAAUGCGGGGGUGGUAAAACUGACACGGCCCUCCGCCAUUUGCGAUCAAUUAGCGUCGCCUGAGAAAUUCAACAGUUGAGCGGGUCUUUUGUCAUUCAAUAAUAAUAUUAUGGUGGUAUAAAUAAAUAAAUGUGAAGAAUUUCGUGAAAAAAAGGAAGAUAUUAAAAAGCGAAGUAACAUAUUUUUAAAAUUUUUAAAAUCCUUGAUAUUUAAAUAAAGUUAUUGCCACUUUUUGCUUUGUAAAGAAAGUUUUUGCUAUUUUUAUUCUGUAAAGCAAAUUUUUCAAUUUUUCGUUUUGUAAAGAAAGUUCUUGCCAUAUUUUUAAUUUUUAAUUUGCUAUUUGAUCGUUUUGCAGCCUGCGCGGGUCAAGUUAUACGGAGAAUUAUGCUUGCAGACUUUAUUAAUAUAAAAAACAAUUUUUUAACACAAAAGGAUUAAAAAUGACAAGAAAUACUCAUUAAAUGACAACUAGACUAAUUUUUCUUAUUUUCAGCCGAGCCAAGGACCGAAAGCGAGGUAAAAGCAAAAUGUCACCACUAUCAGGGGGAAUGUACUAA